AGUGACAUCAGUUUCAAGCUCAUUGUUUUUCUUGUGUUUAUGAUUUUGUAAAUUGUAAAUUGUUUUGUUUUAAAUUAUUUUUUAAUUUUUCUGGUCCCAAAUCACUUUAAUUGUUCAAUUUACCAAUCACAAUGUCCAACGAGGAUCCAUUUUUCAUGGUAAAAGAAGAGGUGUUCAAUGCUCUUAAUAAGUCCAGAAGUUUAUACCAGUGUUGGAAAGAGCAAAAAAAUGACCCGACCAAUUGUUCAAAGGAAGAUCCUAAUUGGCUUUUGACAGAAUUAAAAAAUAAAUUGCGCUCAAUUGAUUGGGAUCUUGAGGAUCUUGAAGAGGCCUUGGGUAUUGUUGAGAAUAAUCUUAAAAAAUUUAAACUGGACGCUAAAGAAAUCGCCAGUAGACGUGCCUUUAUUGAGGAAACUCGAGAAGAAGUGAAAGCAAUGAAAGAUGAGAUCAACGAGAACAAAAAUGGAAGCAAAGACGCAGUUAAAGCCAUGGCAGCUCUUCUUAAUCCAAAUCUAAAUCUAAGUAGUAAUACAGCUCCCGGAGAUGGUGGUACAAGGUAUACACGAUUACAAAAUGAAAUCGAAAGUCCAACCAGAAAGGUUUAUAAUCAAACAGAAAUUCCAAUUGAAGAAAGCCAACCAUUAAGCCACCAAUUACGACAAGAACAUGGUAACCUGGCCAUCAGUGAAUUAGGAACCAACAGAACAGAGAAUUCAAAUGAACAAGCUGUGAUGUUGGAUGAAUUCGGACAAGAUGUAGAUUUAAGGGAUCCGCGAUUUGACACAACAUUUAAAAAAGUUGCCAAAGUUUUCCAAUUUACUGAAGGAAAAAAACGAGUGACCUUCGCCGGAGCUGUUGUUGCAUUUGUCGUUCUCCUUGUUUUCCUUUGGCUCUAAUAGACGAACAAUAUAUUUAUAUCGACAAACGUUUAACUAAUCGAGUAUUUCAUUAUUCACAUGUUGUUAUUUUCUUUUUUCCAAUGUGUCAACCAUCGGGAAGGAAAAGAGCACAAUCCUCAACCUCCUCUUCUCUUCUGCCCCUUCCCUUUCGCCCUCUUUCACAUGAGAAUCUUUUGGUGCUCUCACCAAUCAACCAAUUAGCAACUAAAAAGAUCCAACAAUCAAAUUCAAUACAACGAUGCAAAACCAUCAUCACUAAUUGUCAUCAUCAUCUCAACUUGAACCGAUAGCCAAUCAAUACACAUUCAAUUACUAUUAUCAUUAUAUCAUUGAAUUCCGUUCCACUACGAUGCCUCAUUUCUCAUUUUGAGAAAAACUGAAACAAACAAUCAUGGAAUCAACAACAAAAUUAUACAUUCAUUUAUUUAACUUUUUGCAUUUAACAAUUAACAAGUGAUCAGCAAAUUAAUUUCCAAUUGAAAGCAAAACAAUUUACCAUUGUAAACUUGACAAUAAUUGAUUAACUUUCUGUUUUGUUUUUCUGUGAAUGUGUGUCUAUUUAAAAAGAAACUAAUUAACAACGCAGAAAAAGACAAUCGGAUUUAUAUUAUUUUUUAGUUUCCUCUCCUCAUAAAUCAAACACAAUCAACUAAUUGCCAGCAAAACUGUGUAAACUAUUCAAAUUGAUUAAAAUUAAAAUCAAUUUAUGUUUUAA